UUUCUCUGACCUACUUUCCGAGCACCGCUCAGUGCAGCACACAGAGAGGAGGCACCGUGACCAGAGAGCACAGCGUCUGCAGCGCGCCAAAACUACCAUUUGAAACACAUCCACAAGGCAUAUGGCAAUGGACACGCCAUCAACGUCAACAACUGAGUCUGAGAUCUCGCGCCUGGGUGGCGUCGAGGCCCUGAGGUUGAAGGUGGGCCCGGUGCGGAGGAACCUUUUUGGGCCAGUGAACCACCAGCAGUUGCGCAAAGACUUCCAGCGGCUGCUGUGCAUGAACAUAGAGGAAGCCAACAAGCGGUGGAACUACGACUUCCGCAGAGACGCGCCGGGCACUGGCACCAACGUCCAGUGGGAGGAGGUCCGGUGUCAGGACGUGCCGGGCUUUUACCACAGCGGCACGGUGAGGCCGGCGGCGUGGCUCGGCAAGCCCCCGAGGCGGAGCUCCGCCUCGUCGGGCGAGGGAUCCCCUGAGUCCUGCAGCUCUUCUGGAUCUGAGGACGAGUACCUUGAGGUGAUCACGAGGGGGUACUACCGGCUGCGACGGCCAGAAAAAGACAGACAAGCUUCCAUCACGGAUUUCUUCAAGGUGAAGAGGAGGAGGCUUCUACAUUACAAGGCCCCAUCUCGGCAGUAGGACCACCCCACAUAGAUAUGUCUCAUAUGUACAUAUGGAGCAUCUUCUAAUGGACUGUCUUCACAACACAAGGAAGCUACCCAUUUCGUUUCAUUAGGAUAGUUCUAUAUAUAUAUAUAUAUAUAUAUAUAUAUAUAUAUAUUCUACAUACUGUUUUCUUCAUCUUUUUUUUGGAAUACUGUGAAAUUAUGUGUACUCUUACAGACAACAAAGAGGAUAUCGACAGUAUCUGUCAAGCUUUCCUGAAAAGGUUAUUAUGAGACUCCAAAAAUUUGAUUUAAAAUGUUAUGUUUAAUAUUUUACCCAAAACUACAUGAUUCAGAUGUGUCAAAAUAAAAAACAAUCUGGAUGAACCCUACCUCAUUCAAUAACAUUUGUAAAAUACACACAGAAAAAGCGUUUCAAAAAAAUUGUGUAGCUCAGGUUGUUUGCAUCUGUUGAGUCAGUAAAGAGAGAUUGGGAGACUGAAAUGAGAAGGGGGGGGGGCGCUCUUUUUGUUGUUGUUUUUGUGGUCAAAGUUGUAGCUCUCAGUUUCCCAUCGUGUUAAGAGUCAGCAAGGGGCUCUGAGGGGACCUCGGGGGGCCCACAUUGCUUUUGUUGUCACACACUUGGCCUUUUGAGUUGCUUUGACAGGGAAGUGGGGGAGGGGUAGCGACCUCAUAUGUACCCCAUUUGGAUCAAUUCAUGUUUUCAGAUUUUUAUUUUUUAAUUAAUACAGUAUCACGUCGCCUUUUUUCAGUCCCACAAUUUCUCUUCGCUGAGCCAACCACCUCAGUCACUGCAAGAAUCAUUGUCAGGGUACUAAAAGGGUGUAUUUCAGAAAACACAGCUAUUAUUGUUGUUGUGUCUACCUCUAUAUGUGCGUGAGUGACAAACAUUUACUGGCUUCUGUGAAAGACAAACAAUUUAAGUUAUUCCGAGUUUAUACGGUGUGUUGAAGAAUUAAUGAUGGAAAUCCGUUUUUUGUUGCUAUUACUAAUUAUGUCAAUUCUGAGACCUAUCUUUGCACUACUUCAACAUUGUUGACAAAGAGGUAUUUAUGUAUGGUAAUCUUCAAUCUCUUGAUUGUUAAGCUUCGAUUUUAACCUUUAUGCAGUCUUUGCUGUUCUGAUUCAUCUGUCGCAGCUAUAAUCACUCUUUUAUUUCUACUCUGCAUAAAUGUAUGAUGUCAUUGUAUACCAUUUGUAAUGUCAUACAGGUGUGAGUAUCCUGUAACACUGCUACCUUUGCCGUGAUUUCAUUACGUCCUAAAAUUAAUAAAAAUGCUAUUGCAUGAUAUUC